AUGUCUUCGGUCAAAAGACGCAAGGUUGACGAGAACCUGCCUUCGGGCUUGCUGAAGGAGAAGAAAAAGCACAAGAAAGAGAAGACCACCAAGGAUGUUGCAACAGAACCAGCAACCAUGUCUGGCUCCUCCGACCCAGAGCCUGCUUCCGUUGCGCACGAAGUACCAGAAGAGAACACUGCAGGAGAAGGCGAAGAUGGAGAUAAAGAGCCGCCAAAGUCUUUUAAGGAUCUCGGAAUCGUCGACGAACUAUGCGACGCAUGCACAGCACUCGGAUACAAAGCACCUACACCGAUUCAAGUCGAAUCUAUACCGCUCGCACUCCAGAACCGAGAUCUGAUCGCCUUAGCGGAAACUGGAAGUGGAAAGACAGCUGCGUUUGCCUUGCCAAUUCUCCAGGCGCUCCUCGAUAAACCACAGCCAUUCUUCGGACUUAUCAUUGCCCCAACUCGCGAGCUCGCAUAUCAAAUAUCAGAUUCCGUCGAAGCACUAGGAUCGAAGAUAGCGGUCAGAUGUGCUGUCAUUGUUGGAGGAAUGGAUAUGGUUCCCCAGGCCAUCGCGCUAGGCAAGAAGCCUCAUAUCAUUGUAGCCACACCUGGACGAUUGCUAGACCACCUAGAAAAUACCAAAGGAUUCUCGUUGCGAGCACUGAAGUACUUAGUGAUGGACGAAGCCGAUCGCCUGCUGGAUCUCGAUUUUGGCCCAAUAUUGGACAAGAUUAUAAAGGUCAUACCUCGAGAACGUCGAACUUACCUCUUCUCUGCGACAAUGAGUUCGAAGAUUGAGAGUUUGCAAAGAGCCAGUUUGAGAGACCCUCUCCGAGUCAGCGUCAGUACAAAGUAUCAGACUGUUUCGACUCUGAUACAAAACUACCUGUUCAUCCCUCUCAUCCACAAGGACGUCUACUUAGUCUAUCUUAUGAACGAAUUCGUCGGCCAAUCUGCCAUCAUAUUCACUCGUACGGUAAACGAAACACAGCGACUAGCCAUCCUGCUACGCUCUCUAGGUUUCGGCGCCAUCCCACUCCAUGGUCAGCUCUCUCAAACCGCUCGUCUCGGAGCUCUUAACAAAUUCCGUGCUGGUACCCGGAAGAUCCUUGUAGCAACUGAUGUCGCUGCUCGUGGUCUUGAUAUUCCUUCAGUGGAUAUUGUUAUGAACUACGACCUACCGCCAGAUAGCAAGACAUACAUUCAUCGCGUGGGUCGUACCGCAAGAGCCGGAAAGUCGGGACACGCAUUCAGCAUCGUAACGCAGUAUGAUGUGGAAAUCUUCAAGCGCACAGAGGCUGCACUGAAGAUGCAACUAGAUGUGUACGAGCCUGUUAAGGAGGAAGUCAUGAUUUUCAAAGAAAGAGUGGACGAGGCACAGCGACAUGCCAGAAACGAGAUGAAGAGUCUGCAUGAAGACCGAGGUAAUAGGGGCUCCGUACUAAAAGGUCGACGUCCAAAACCUGGCGGCCAAAAACGAGGAAGAGACGACAUGGAUAGAGAAGAGGGCUGA